AAUGGGUGGUAUUUAUAAAAGAAAAGGAAAUUCUGCAAAGAAUAAGUUUCAUCAUCGUAUUUUGAAAACUAAAUCCUAUUAAAGAGCUAAUGAUUAGAUUCAUGAUGAUAUUAAACCUGAAAAUAUAUAAAAAUGGUAAAAUUAACCAAUUGAUGAAACUUUACCUGGAUUAGGCUAAUAUUAUUGUGUCUCUUGUGCCAGGUACUUUGUUAAUGAAGAAUCCAUUAAAAAACAUUAAAUUAGUAAAUAAGUAUGAUUACUUAAAAGUAUUAUAGCAUAAAAAAUAAGAUAAAAGAGCCAAAGAAAAACCAUAUACUCAUAUGGAAGCAGAAUAAGCUGGAAAAUGA